CGAUUUGACGUUUUUGGUUUUUACAUUAUUUUUGACGUGUAAUCUAUUCACUUUCUCUAUAUUUACAAAAAAUAUUUGAAUAAUAAUUAGUAAUUACAUAUAAAUCGCAAUAAUAAUUUGAUAAUGUCGAGCGGUCAAUGGGAAGUUGUUGGUAAAAGCAAAAAGUCCCAAAAUGGGAAAGUGAAAACCGUCAAAGAUGAGGAUAAAAAGCCCACCAAAAAUGGACCGAAACUUGAAGACGUUGUGCCACCAAAAUCCUAUUAUUCUGGUAUGGAAAUCGAUGACACCAGGAAAUCAACGAAGGAUAGUAAGAAAAAUGGGGAUAAGAAAAGUAAAAAAAAAUCUGAGCCGGCUAAGCCUAAACCACCUAAAACCAUUGAAGAGGCGCUGGAAGCGAUUGAUCCAGCCGAACUGGCAAACAUAAUAACAACAAACAAAUUGAGAUUUUCCAAUGCACCCCUAGUCUGGCUGAAAGAGAUUGCCAGUUUCCUUAACUCAAAGACCCAGAUAGAUGUGGAUGAUCCAACAUUUUCAAACUACCCACUUAAUUACCCACUAUGUGUAAUGCCAGUGGAAAUAAGGAAGCCUUUAGAAAAUGUAUUACAUGAAGCGGGGAAGGCGAACACACAGCUGUUCUUUGAUGUAACUUUAACUGCAAUAGCUAAUGAUAUGAGUAGAGGUCAAUCUGUAAAUGGACAUAGAAUUCUACUCCAAAUGUUAGCGCACAGCUGCCCUGACUUUUGCGUGGCAUCUCUAGCUAAGAGUGUAACCUUAAGAAACUCCUAUCAAAAUAGACCACCGAUCGGCCUAUCCUUACUAUGGGUGCUAGGCCAAGGUGGACUUAGCAACUUUGCUGUGGGAAUGAAAGCCUGGCAAGAACUAUUCCUCCCAAUAGUAGAACUGAAGAACUAUUCGAAAUAUGCAAUAAACUAUUUGGAGGAAAUCCUAGCAAGGCAUGGAAAUAUGGCCAGUACGAAGGUUUCUUUCGAACAGCUGAUCGCGAUGUUUGACAUGGUGAACAACAAACGAAACGCGCUGUCCAAGGAACUGUCAAAUGACCUUAUCAAGCAAUUAAGUAAAUAUAAGGAUAUAUAUUUCAGCAAGAGUGGUAAUAAACUCCAAGUGUCUUUCAACCAUCUGAUGAAGAAGCUCCCGAACCAGUACCUCAGCGGCUCCGCCCUGGACCCUUAUCACCGGGUGCUGGUGGAGAGCCUGGUGGACUGUCUGCAGCAGGACGACUCCUGCAACGCGACCUGGAGGCAGCUGUUCAGCCGCUGCAGCAAGCAGUCUGCCACACUCAUAGAGUAUAUAGAUACAAAUUGGGACGUAGUGAGUCCAAGACUGAAGAAGAAGUCCUUAAGAGGAACCGUCACACAGUUCCAGGAGGUGUGCGGGGAAACUCUGCGAGGCAAGAAGAAGGAUGAGACUGUGGUUAAAGCCAACAAGAUAUGCCAGGAUAUUCUAGACAGGAUGACAAGCACUAGAAGGUUCCCUUGGCUGUGGGCCAGCUUCCUGCUGCUGGUGGGCAUUGCUGGACUGGUGGCUUACGACGUACAGAGGGUCGGAGGCAACUUCCCCAAAAGCGCUACUGGUAAACUCAUGAAAGACCUUGGUAUACUGGAGCAGAGUCAAUACGCUUGGCAGAAAACACUUUCAACGUCCGCCAGAGGAUACCUGUGGCUAGAGACCAACGCACCCAUAUACUACACAAUAACCGUUGAAGCUGUGUCUCCAUAUGCCCAGUUGUCCAAAGAAGCACUAUUAGUGGUUUCAAAGAAACUUGGCAUACUGUACGGCAAUAUGAAGGAUUACAUCGUUGAGAAAACUCCAGUCGUAGUCGCGACGAUAGAACAGUACGCCCCUGGAGUGAUAGACACAGUGCAGGGGUAUGCAAUCAGCGGAUUUACAGCUGUUAGAAAAUAUUCCAACGACUAUUACCAGUUAACAGCAGAUUACUUGAAGACUAAAGUUUUUGUUGGUGAAUGGGCACCAGAGAUCCUCCAGAGCAAGACACAGCUGGCCCUAAACGCGACGAGGUUCCACAUGACGUCAUACUUCCACUGGUUCCGACACCAAGUGCACGUUUACUCGGAGAUACCCUGAAGCCUUCCCACCACUGUGAUGUGAUAAGACGUUGAUCAAGUG